UCCCAGACCCGGAUGCCUGGGUUCCGCGGCGGGACGGAGGCGGCCUCUCGGCUGCCCCCCUAGCCCCCCGCGGGGAGGGGCCGGCCCCAGCCAGAGCUAGCCGUCCCCCAUGUACGCCGAAGCCUCCACCAUGAAUUUCCGGACCCCCGGCUUCUUCCGGCGCAGCCCGCCCCCCGCGGCGAAGCCGGCCCCCGGGGCCCCCCCGCUGUCAGCGCUGGGGGGCAUCGCCCAGAUCUCGCCCUGCCUCUACCUGUGCAGCGGCAACGCGGCCGCCAACCGGCCCCUGGUGUCGGCGCGGGCGGUGACCUGCGUGGUGAACGCCACCAUGGAGAUCCCCAACGCCAACUGGCCCGACAUCGAGUACGUCAAGGUGCCGGUGCCCGACCUGCCCCACGCCCCCCUGGGCCUCUACUUCGACUCGGUGGCCGACCGCAUCCACCAGACGGGCAAGCGCAACGGGCGCACCUUGGUGCACUGCGUGGCGGGCGUGAGCCGCUCGGCCUCGCUCUGCAUCGCCUACCUCAUGAAGUACCAUCGGCUCAGCCUGCUCGACGCCCACCAGUGGGUGAAGAGCCGGCGGCCCGUGGUGCGGCCCAACGUGGGCUUCUGGCGCCAGCUCAUCGACUACGAGCGCCGGCUCUUCGGCAAGAACACGGUGCGCAUGGUGCCCUCGCCCAUCGGCCCCGUGCCCGACGUCUACGAGAAGGAGACCCGCGGCCUGGUGCCCCUCUGGAGCUACAGAUAGGCGGGCACCGCCCGGGACUUCCCAACCCAGGACAGCUGGACCCGCCCCAGCAAGGGGCAGAUGUUAGUGCCCGGGCUUGGGCAGACUGAACACCUGGGGGGCACUGGUGACUGUAUUUGCUCCUGGAGGAGAGAUUUGGGGGCAGCUGCCCCACCCUGGG